UGGUGCUUCCUUUGUCUUCACUACUGUCUGUUAGCUUACUUGGACUCAACUAACUGCAGCUGCAGUAUUAACCUAAAAGAAAGUGGCAGGAUUCCGGUUUCCGUAUCAGCAACAAGCAACUCGUAACUAUGAGAUCUCUCACAUUAUUAACUGUGGUCAUCGCAUGUGGAAUAUCCGUGCAGAAAGAAUCGAACAAAGGCGAACCAUCCAUAGCUAUCAUCGGCGCCGGUAUGAGUGGUCUAUCGGCAGCUCGACGAUUGAUUGAAACUGGACAAAAAGAUAUCGAUAUCUAUGAGGGUUUGGACCGCAUUGGAGGACGUGUACAUCCCGUGCCUUACUAUGGCGGAUACAUCCAAAUGGGUGCACAAUUCAUAAAUGGAGCGGACAAUCCUAUGCAUGAAAUUGCGACAAAGCUUGGAGUGCUAGGACAAGCAGUUUCCGAUACAGCACAUGUGGAAAAUGCCGAAUACCUGAUAGGAAAUCAGCCAAUAUCCAAAAAGGACAUUGAGCUUUUCGCAAAGUUUGUCGAACCAUUGGAUCCAAAAUACCGAAGACUGGCGAAGGACCACGACUUGCUAUCACGUGUUUACACCAUCAAAAGCAUCUACAUGGAAGAUUAUGCGAGAUUCUUGAAGCAGCACAAAAUCACUGGAGCAAGAAGAAAAGUCUUUGAUGCCCUCACCCGUUCCUACAGAUCCUAUUGGGAAUUCGAAUGGGCCGCUGAUUGGGCUGAUUUGAGCCCGAGAGUCCUGACCGAAUUCGAUCAAUUCAACAAUGAAGGCGAAUCAUUCUACACAAACAAAAUUGGCUUCAAAGCUAUACUGGACUACCUUCGUAAACCUCUCUCACCCCAAAUGCUUCACUUCAACACAACUAUCACAAAGAUCGAGCAUUCUUCCAACGGAGUUAUUCUGACGACAACAAAUGGGAAAAUUGCCAAAAGAUAUGACUAUGUGAUCGUGACCUCCUCCUUGGGACAUCUCAAAAAGUACCAUCAUCAGCUAUUCACACCACCUCUUCCUCGCGACAAAGUCAACGCUAUCGAAAAGAUCGGCUUUGGUGGAUCUUGCAAGAUUUUCUUGCGAUGGGAAAAACCAUGGUGGAACAACAAUAGCCAUUCGAUUGCACCGCUACCUGUCGAAGGAAUGGCUCGAGAUGUUUUGGAUCCAUUCGAGCGAGAGCUCACAACAUUGCAGGCUAUGGACUGGGAUCCAAAUACCUUGAUAGCAUGGGUAGCUGGAGCUGGUCAUCCGAUAGUGGACGACAUGAGUGACGAAGAGUUCAGUUACAGGCUAACAAAGCUCAUCAGAGAUAUGAAAAAUGAUCAAAGCAUAGCGCCACCAAGCGAGAUCAUCAGAACAAAACUAACCAAGAACGAACUACUGCUAGGAUCUUACUCUUACAUGAGUUUAGCACAGGCAAAGGCUAAAAUCUCACAUUCUCGUCUUUCGAUCCCAGUGAGGCACAAUAAGAGACCCGUGGUUCUGUUUGCCGGAGAAGCAACACAUCACAGGCUUUUCCAAACCACCAUCGGUGCUUACCUUAGUGGUCGCCGAGAAGCCGACAGAAUACUGGACGACUGGCAAACUUAUGAAAGAGCUCUGCCAUCAACCUUGAACUGGCAAGAUAUCCCGCCUACCACCGGCUACAAAGGGACAGACAACAUUACCAAGAAGAAACCGACCACCUGCAGCGAUGAUGUUAUUCCUCUUCGUUCAAGUAUCUUAUGUAGCACCGAUCUUCAACAUGCUCACUAUAGAAAGGCGUAGUAUGUAAAACGACUU